AUGAAAAUCGGGUAUUGCAAUGAGGAGCCCCUCGCUUCCGCAGUAUCGGCUUCUGAAGCUUCAAUAGCGCGUCAGUCGCAGCAAAUCACGAUUGAUCCUAUCGAAUGCACAAAAAAACAGAUUACAACGCAACAUAAGUUCUUUACAGCUUCCAAGGUUUGUAUCGAAGUCAAGUGUAAUCCUGUUCGACUUAGCUCCCUCAAGAUCACGUCACUAGGCAAGUCGACUAACUAA